AUGGCGGCGGUCGGUCUACACCGUGCGACGAUGGCGGCUUGGAUUGAUGGAGGUCAAGUCCUAGAUAUGCGGCACCCUGACAACAGAGAGAACUUCGUACCCCUUAUUCCUGGUAGUCUGUUUAUCAACAAUAAAAUAAAUUUUCGCAAGUCGGACAAGUAUGCUUUGUUAAUCGAAAAUGCAAGAAGCGUAAAAGACAUAAGAAUAAAAGAAAAAAUAAAGUCUGAUCAUGCUGGAAACUAUGAAGAUGAGUUGUGUGAUUUUGAUUUAUCAAAUAACAGGCUAGAUCGCAAUCCAAGGGGGUUCUUGGCCGGAAACUGGAGAAGCUUUGCAGGAAACUGGAGAAGCUUUGCAGGCCAGAACUAUUUCGACUCUAACGGGUUAUUUCUCUCUGUACUAUGGUCUGGGCCGCUAUUGGUGAUUGUACUAUGGAAAAGGGCUGAGCUCAGGCAUCGUGCAAGAACAGCUCAUAGUAAAGAGGAGUGA